AGGAAACUGCGUGCUUCCUCUGUAGGGGGCUCGAUAAACGAGGAACUACAACGCCCACAACCCUCUGCUCCUGUCAGUGACGUCACCCGGACCCGGCGUAGCUCGGCAUCGGUGUGCGUUUGCUACUAAAUGACACUUUUUUAAACGACGGUAUAAUUAUUGUGGACUAUAUCACAGUGAUGACACCACCGCUGUUACUCUCCUUUGGAGGAAGAGGAAGGAGGAGAUGAUGAUGACGGUGAUGACAUGCAGUUAGCUGGCUGCCUGGCUGGCUGACGGACUGCGCGUGAGGUGUCUCCCACAAGCGGAGCAGGAUCUGGGACGAAACGAGGCAAAGAUGCCGCGGAGAAAACAAUCCAACCCGCAGCCAGUGAAACUGGAGUCAGAGGAUGGGGCGGUGGUGUGUGAGCCGAGCUGCCUGGUGUUGGAGAGCGACUUCUUGCUGAGUGGAGAGCUGGAGUUCGGGGACUCGGAGCUCAUGGGGCUGGACAGGGUGGCCGGUGUGACGGUCUUCUCUCUGAGCGUUGAGGACGACCCUUCAGCACCAGCAGACUCCACCUUCCCAGCAUUCCUCUCCUGUAAAGGGUGUGGGCAGCUUCUGGGGGAUGCGCCUCUGGGGACGAGCUUAGAUCUCAGCCUGGACCUGGGGACUGAGCUUUACUGUCUGACCUGUGAGGAAGGCCUCCAGCAUGCAGCCUCCGUCGAUUCCUCUCAGGUAGAGGGCUCACACCCGUCUGACAGAUCCAUUAGCGGCGGCUCCAGCAGGAAGAGAAGUGUGGGUAAGACGAGUGCAGCUGGUGACAUCCCUCAUAAACUCUACUCCUGCUCUCUGUGCGCCUUCACCUCACGCUACUCCAACCACUUGAAACGCCACAUGAGGAUCCAUGACGGCCAGAAGCCGUACCGCUGUCCCGCCUGCCCAUACGCCUCGGCCCAGCUCGUCAACCUGCAGCGCCACGCCCGCACACACACCGGGGAGAAGCCGUACCGCUGCCCCCAGUGCAGCUACGCCUGCAGCUCCCUGGGAAACCUGCGGAGACACCAGCGCAUGCACACACAGGAGAGACCUCAGAGGAGGGAGAAGGAGAAGAGACGGCGCGACGGAAAAAAAACAAACAGUGAAAGUGAAGAAGUGGUGUCAGACUUGACCCUGCGGGUGUCCCAGGACUCGGGCUACCUCCAGACGGUGGGGGGUCUGGGCUCUCCCUCUGCACCGCUCCCAGUCCUCCUGUUCCCCCUGUGCUGCCGGCUGUGUGGCCUGACCCUGGAAGAGGCCGACCUGGAGGGGGACAAGGCCGAGGGGGAGGGGGAGGGCGAUGGGGGACAGGUGUGUCGCCGCUGUUCGUUGGACCUGCUCUCUAAAGACGGGCGGGGGCCCCCCUGCAGCCCGGCUAUGUCUCGGGGAUCCCGCCGGGGCCAGCGAGGCACUAAGCUGUACCGCUGCCCUCACUGCCCUUUCCUGUCCCACUACCCCAACCACCUGGCCCGCCACGCCCACACCCACUCCGAGGAGAAACCCCACCGCUGCACGCACUGCCCCUACACCUCCUCUCACCUCGACAACCUCAAACGCCACCUGCGCGUGCACACGGGCGAGAAGCCUUACCAGUGCCUGUCAUGCAGCUACGCUUGUGGGAACCUGGCCAACCUGCGGCGACAUGAGCGCAUCCAUUCGGGCGCCAAGCCGUUCCACUGCGGCGUCUGUGGCUAUUCCUGCAACCAGAGCAUGAACUUGAAGAGGCACAUGCUGCGGCACACGGGCGAGAAGCCUUACGCCUGCGCCGAGUGCAGCUACACCACAGGCCACUGGGACAACUAUAAACGCCACCAGAGGAAGCAUGGACACAACACGGACAGCUGGGACAAACACACACCCAUCAACGGGCUGAGCUGGGGCAAAGACACUCAGCAGAGUCCAAGUCAGGAGCACAGCUAGAGGGCGUGUGUGAGGGUGAGAGAGAGGCGUGUAUCAGGGCUAGCUCAGCACACGGAGGAGGGAAACACUAAGAGAGUUUCUCAGAAGCCCAACGAGGAGUUAGACAGCUGAUUGGCUUUGGUUUUACUGACACAACUAGUAACCAGAGUAUUACAGAAGUAAUCAGCACAUCAAAUCAUUGGAUCAUUAGAUCCCAAACUAGAGGGCAGGGCCUCUAAGUGAUUGCACGGUAAAAUCUGAAGGGCUUUGAGAUGAGAAGCAGCAAAGGAAGGGUUUAAAAUAAUCUUCUGAGACAUUGCUUCAUUGAAAGAUGAAGUUUCACUUAUUCAGUUCAUGAUCAUUUCCCCGAGUUCAAGGUGACAAAGUUCAGUAUAUUGUUUUGUCUUCAGGUUUUAGAUUUUCACUUUACAGUGAUACAAAACAGAACAUAUGCAACUUCUCACAUUCAAGAAGCUGCAGUUUUUUAGUCCAUCUUCGAUCUGGUUGGCUUCAUCAGCUGUAACAGAAUUGCAAAUAGGAAGCCACAGCAGGAACUUUUAGGUCCAGAGUUUUAAGAAUACUGCCCAGUAUUUGACCAGUUGGGAUCAUUUAGAGCUGCAGGUCUCACCCUGGUAGUUCUUGGAGGGCCUGCCUCGAUGAGGGACGUUCUGGGGGGUAGGACUAGGGCACAGAAACUAAUCCAGACCCUGAUUCCUCUGGGGCAAACACAGGUUCCUGCUUCCUGGGGAAAGUUCCUUUAGGUUCCAUAGUUGUUGGGUGUGUUUGAUCAGAAAUCCAGCUGAAGUGCCUGUCUGUCACUAUGGACUAGUGGAAGCAGCAGCUGUCCACCUGUUUCGCAGUGACCACAGAUCCCAGGUGUUGCUACCCCUUGCAGAUGCAUGUAAUGCCUACAGGGCUCGUACACUGCAGGGUCACACAGCUCCGUCCUGUUACAGUGGUGGUGAGGCAGGGCCCCAGUCCAUGUGUUGUGAGCUGCCCUGAUACAUGCACAGCUUUGUGUGUGUGUGUGUGUGUGUGUGUGUUGUGUAUACACUGGUGAACCUCCAGCUCAGCUCAGAGCUAAACUCAGGUGCCUUUGACAGACUGAACAGACUGUAAUGCUGCACUGACUUAUAAAUGGGCAUUAAAGUGUGUGUGAGCACGCGCUCCGUGCUCACACACAGUCAAACCA